AUGAACCCAGCGUCCCCUCUCCUGGAAACCCUGACUAACCAGCAGCCUAACUCCUCAAGCCACACUAUCGCCAGCGUCGUCUCAGACAAAUUCCUCGACUAUUCCGCCGCGAAGGGUAAUAACCUCCGCCCGGUUGGGCUAAGGGAUGGGUGCAAAUGGUGUCUAUGUGUGAAUAGAUGGAAGGAGGCAUUCGAUGCUUACAAGAGGGGCGAGGUUUCUGCGGACACAGUCCCAAGAGUUGUACUAGGUUCCACGCAUAUCAGGGCGCUUGAAGGGGGUGUUAGAAUGGAUCAACUCGAGGAGUUCAAAUUCGAGGAGAAGAAGUAG